CUCCUUUUCUGGAUCUCCUCUUGCUCUCCUGUUUCUUGAGUAUGGGUUAAUAACAUUCAGUCAUGGUGGUCACCCAGCUGAAAUUGGAGCUGCGCUUCCAGGGAAAGAAACUCAGGGGUUUCACCUGUAAGUUCGUCAGAUCAGCCAGUGGAUUCCUUCCGGAAACAUCCUUCUCCAUUGCAUCACAGAUCUUUGGGCCAUUCAUCUUGGCAGGUUUAGGCAUGGUUGCUGCUGGCUUGUUGAUGGAUCGUAUUCAAGCGGCAGGGAAGCGGCUCCAGAGCUGGCUGGGCCGAGUAAAAGAGCCGGCCUCUUACUCCUCGGCGCUACCGCCACCACCGGGGAUCCUGCGAUCCUCCAGCGGCUUCAGAAGUCUUCUGCGGAAGCCGCCGCCACCCGGGAUCCUCCACUCCUCCAGCAGCUUUCGUGGAGGACUUCUGAAGCCGCUGGAGGAUCGGAGGAUCCCUGGCGGCGGUGGCGGGAGCAAGGGGCCGGCUCUUUUACUCGGCCUGGCCAGCUCAGGAGCCGCUUCUCCGCCACCUCUUAGAAGAAAAAUGGCGGCGAGAGCCCAGCCGCCGCGGAUCCUCUCUAAGGCCUCCAGAGAGGCCCCCUCCAGCCAGCGCAAGUGCCGGCUGGCUGGGAGAGGACUCAGGAAGGCUAAUACUGGACGGAUGGAUGAUACACAGGAGCAGUGGAAAAUGGCUACCUGUAAUUUGGCAUUGAUUCAGGUUCAGGCCACAGUAGUGGGACUCCUGGCAGCUAUAGCAGCAGUCUUUCUAGGUGCAUUGUCCAAGGGGUAUGUGGAGCUGAACCAAGCAGCCGUGCUGUGUGCUAGCAGUUUGACCACAGCAUUCAUAGCUGCCCUCUCCCUUGGUCUAGUGAUGAUUGGUGUGAUCCUUGGUGCAAGAAAAGUGGGGAUAAACCCGGACAAUGUUGCCACUCCCAUAGCUGCAAGCCUUGGAGACCUGAUUACUCUUUCUUUGCUGGCUGGAAUCAGUAGCACCCUGUUCAAGUAUAUUGAUGUGAAAUACCUUUCACCCAUGAUUUGUGUCAUCUUCAUUGUUAUGAUUCCUCUGUGGAUUGCAAUUGCCAAGCAAAGUCCUCCCAUUGCUGAAGUCUUAAAGUCUGGAUGGCAGCCAGUCAUCGUUGCAAUGGCCAUCAGCAGUCUUGGAGGGCUCAUCUUGGACAAAACCAUAACAAACCCAAAUUUUCAAGGCAUGGCUGUUUUCACUCCUGUGAUCAAUGGUGUUGGUGGCAAUUUGGUAGCUAUCCAGGCCAGUCGUAUCUCUACAUUUCUGCACUUCUGGAGCAUGCCUGGCGUCUUGCCACACAAGAUGAGGCAGCACUGGCCUAACCCAUGUACCACCUUCUUCUCUUCAGGAGUGAAUUCAAAAUCAUCUCGCGUCUUGAUCCUGCUAGUGAUCCCAGGGCACCUGGUGUUCCUCUACACCAUUCAUAUCUUCCAGGCAGGCCACACAACACUCACCUUCACUUUUGUGGCAUUUUACCUGAUGGCUGCUGUCUUACAGGUGGGAAUUUUGCUCUACGUGGCUGACCUUCUUGUGCGGCUGAUGUGGCGAAAAGGCCUGGAUCCAGACAACUUCUCUAUCCCCUACCUCACUGCUCUGGGAGAUCUUCUGGGCACUGGGUUCCUGGCACUUUGCUUCCGCUUUGUUUGGCUGCUCAAUGGAUUGAAGCUGAAACUAGGAGACUAAAGGAGACGUCUGCUACAAUGUUGAAAUGCCUGCUACUCUGCAAGCAAAACACUAUGGUGCUUUUGACACGGUCCAACAGGGUACUGAAAAGAGGACAUCCAGGUCCUUAAACUGGAGUGGACUGGAUACCCUCCCCAUUGAUCUCAGUUCUGCAUAGCUGUGAAAUUUGAAAUACCUGCCAAUGAAGUAGCAUUACUAUGGACUGCAGAUUUGGAAGUGAUGGACUCUGCUCCAGUCUACCUUUCAGUUGGUUAAGAAGUGUUAUUUCAAUGGCCUGAUUGGAGAAGUCCAUUAAUAUGAAUGGGAGGCUAUCCACUGAUCUCAGUGGGGUUUAGAUUAUGUCCUAGAUGAGGAUGUUGCACUGUCUCUGCCAGACAUCAACUGGCAAUCAGAGAGGGCAUUUUGCUGCCUGCCUUUCUUCCUUAUGCUCCCACAGAGAAAGAGGGGGAGAGUAUGAGAGAGAAUUAUGUCCAAGGUUCUUCACACUGUGCACCAAAAACUCUUUAUCUGACACCAGGGAAACCAGACCUUGCACUACAGUAGCUCAGACUCUGCUUAACAAUACCUCGUGCAUAGUCAUAAUAACACACAACAGUUUGUGUACUUUGCAUUAAAAUUAUCUGUGUGAUUAUCCAUAAUUUAGGGAGGGGGGCUUAUUUGUGGUUGCUUUUACUUAGAGAAUUUUGAAAUGGUUAAGAUUGUAAUAGCAAGAACAAAGUAUAAGUUAGAAAAGUACAAAGGAACAGGGUGUUAUCAUUGGAAGGAAGGGUAAGAUAAGCCAAAACUGAGUACUGACACCUGUUACUGAUUGUUUUUCAAGCAUUUUACAUAUGCAUGACAUUUUAGAGAGCCAGACCAACUUCUCACAGAAACAGGAAGGCAAGUACCCCAUUAGUCCUGUUUUUAGCAUCUCUGUUUGGUCCAAAGUAGAACUUGAGACCCACCCCUGUGCUUAGAGAAAUGUUGUCUUUCUCUGUACUAGAUACUUGUCCAUUUUAUUUUGUGUAAAUGAAAUCCCAAAGUUCUGUGCUUGUGCAGACCAGAUGAUAAUAAAAAUGGAAGUUCCAGACUUCAAAGUCAAGGCAACUGAGCUUCCCAUCUACUCCAUCCCCUGUAUGUCAGUGUCCUGGUCAAAGCUACUUGCAGAACAUGCACAUUUGUGUGCAUAAAGAAUAGUCUUGUAUACAAACUUCAUAAAUACUUUCUUUAAUUUAAACAAAAUGGCAGUUGGUUCCAUAUAUUGAAUUCUGAAGCCCCUGCUACAGGUAGGAGUGUGUUUUCCUUAUUAGCUAUUCAAGAUGGACUUCAGUGUGUAGAAGCAGAAUUUCCCUAGUUUUAGCUUUUUAAGGAUUCUGUGCCAGGGAAGGCCUGUUGGUUAUCUUGAAUCAUUCUCUUUUCCAAGGGCAAGAAGAUCAGAUUAGGGUUUUUUUUCUUCUUUCUUUCUUUCAUUCUUUUUUUCUGGGCACAGCUCAAAGGCCUGUGCUGGUGAAAACCAGAAGACAGAAGAGUCGAAUUUCACUACAUCCUCAAGCAUCAGUGUCAAAUUUGAUCUAAUUUUCAUUCUCUCUCCCUCAUUUGUUUGUUAUACCAUUUCAAAUCUGAUGAUUUUUAUGGUUUAUAGAAACAUAUAGACACACUGAAAUAAAAUGUAAAAAUGGUUA